AUAGUAUUAUAAACAAUGGGAUUGCAUACUUGUAUUUAUUAGUAUAUUGUUAGUCAUCAAAAUAAAUCUAUCGGGAAUUAUAAAAACGAUAUAGUUCUUCAAAAUGCAUUAUUCGUUAUUACUGCUUAUUAUGUUAAAUGCAAUUAGGAGAAGUAGUCAGACUGAUGGUAAUAAUACAUCUGUAAACUGUACAGAGUAUAAAAACAAUUUUGCGGCUUACAUAUCGAAUUUCACUGAAUGUGCUAUAGUACAUGCCCGACCAAUUACCUUUUGUGAAUCAUGUGUUGAUAAAUACAUAAAUGUCCUACAAAGUUAUCACAAUUUAUCAACAUUUUCAGAUGAAGCAGGAAUAUGUAUAAAUGAUUAUAUUAAUUUAGAUAGACUACAAAUUAUAGACACUUUAUAUCACAACAGUUUUGAUCUUUGGAAUAGAGCAAAGUGUUAUGAAUGUUUUGUGAUGAUCAAUGACACAAUAACAAACAUGCCUUCAGAGGAAACAACAAAAUUCAAUAUUUUAUUAAAUGAUACAUCAAAUUGCAUGCAAGCAACAUAUCAAGAUGAAAACAUAAUGUGUUUUACUUGCAUGGAUGUUUACUUAGCUCUGAACGAAUAUUAUAUAAGUAUCAGCAAUAUAAACGAAAAAAUCGGCAUGUGCAUGGACAUUGUUGAUUUGAUGAAUAAUACUCGUUCUCAAUGGAGCCGGCGAUGCUGCGAGUAUCGUAAACGAAAAGAAUAUGUUUUUCUUAUCUCGACAGGCUUUGCCACCUUCCUUACAUUACUUUUUUAUAUUUUAGCCAAGUUCUGUACAGAUAUGCGCACACCAGAAAUUUUCCAACAAAGUCGAUUUGCAGAAUCCUUGAAUCAAAACAAUGCGACGUAGGUGAAGACUAUUUUUUAAUGGAGUUAGUUUAUUGAAGUUGUAAGCUUGGAGUCUAAUUAUAUUUUAUCAUUGUUUACAU